CGACACCAAAGGCUCCGAUUAAUUACAGGUUGUCGGAAACAGCCCCUCCACUCUAGGACCUACGUGGCACAACCUCCCCGGCCGUGGGGCCCUCUCACAACAAUCGCGCUUUACCCAAACAUCGUCCCUUUAACCACCCGCAACUUACCCCCCGAGCCACACCCUUCGCUCUCGCAAUGGCCGAGGCCACCCUCCAUAACGCCCCCAUUGUCAUCGACAAUGGCAGCGGCACAAUUCGCGCCGGUUUCGCAGGAGAGGAAGUCCCCUCAUGUUUCUUCCCGUCUUUCGUCGGUCGGCCAAAACACCCACGGGUGAUGGCCGGCGGUCUAGAAGGAGAUGUCUUCAUCGGAUCGAGAGCACAGGAGCUGCGCGGCCUGUUGAAGAUUCGGUACCCGCUGGAACACGGCAUUGUCACGGACUGGGACGAUAUGGAGAAAAUCUGGCAUUACGUCUACGAGAACGAGUUGAAAACGCUGCCUGAAGAGCACCCGGUCCUCCUGACUGAGCCACCGCUCAAUCCUCGCAAGAACCGCGACACGGCGGCCCAGAUCAUGUUCGAGACGUUCAAUGUCCCGGCUCUUUAUACGUCUAUUCAGGCUGUGCUGUCGCUGUACGCGUCCGGCCGCACGACCGGUGUGGUCUUGGAUUCAGGGGAUGGUGUCUCCCAUGCGGUGCCGGUGUAUGAGGGUUUUGCGAUCCCGAACAGUAUACGGCGGAUCGAUGUCGCGGGGCGAGAUGUUACGGAGCAGCUGCAGUUGUUGCUCCGGAAGAAUGGACAUGUGCUGUAUACGAGUGCUGAGAAGGAGGUGGUCCGGAAGAUCAAGGAGGAGGUGUGCUAUGUGUCGCUGGACCCGAAGCGUGAAGAGAAGGAGUGGAUGAACAGUUAUCAUAAAUCGGAGACUAAGGCCGUGGAUUACAGGCUGCCUGAUGGGCAUAAGAUCAAGAUUGGUCAAGAACGCUACCGUGCUCCUGAGAUCCUUUUCGACCCCGAACUCAUCGGCCUGGAGUACCCUGGUGUUCAUCAGAUCGUCCAGGAUGCGAUUACCCGCACAGACCUGGACCUGCGCAAAGAUCUAUACCUCAACAUUGUCCUGUCGGGAGGCUCGACACUAUGCAAGAACUUCCCGGACCGGCUGAUGCGCGAGAUCAAGCGAUUGGCUGUGGAAGACAUGAAGAUCCGUAUUUCUGCGCCGGCCGAGCGGAAAUACACGACCUGGAUCGGUGGUGGAAUCCUGGCUGGUUUGAGCACGUUCCGCAAGAUGUGGGUCAGCGCCGAUGAAUGGCACGAAGAUCCGGAGAUCAUCCACCGGAAAUUCGCCUAAUGCUGCCUUGAACCGCUUGAAGGCAAGACAGCAUAAGUGACGCUAGUCAUCCACCGUUCGCGAACAGCGCACAGUGACAGACCAAAGCCAAACAUACAUUAAGUGAUAUUAUUGAGAA